AUCAGUAGUUGAGACUUUGUCACGGACUUCGAAACUACUUAGCUUUUUCACUAUUCUUUAACGUACGGAACUGGAUAAAGUUUAACAUUUUCCUUUGUUUCCACAUUAUCCAGGUUUGUAUUCAAGGUAAUGAUACUGCUGGGUCAAGCCCUGUUUACAUGAUGACAAAAAUGUUGCAAGUGCCAAAAUCGGUAUUACGCAUAAGUACGUUACAAUUGUCUAAAAGUUGCGGAAAUAUUUGAAACCACAUGCCCGAUUUCUAAAUCUUUUCACAGCAAUAUUUCUUGCGUGACCCUCUACCAAAGUUAUUGAAUCCAGAUGUGAAACUUACGUAAGCGAUCUAGGACCAUCAUAGCGCUCGAGUAUAGCAUGAUAUUGUUUGUUGAAGAAUAGAUUCCUAUAUCUUGUACGUCUGCUCGAGUUAUCGGGUUCUAGCUGUAGGCCUACAUUAACGAUAUGCUCGCAGGCGUAACUAAAAUCGCACGAUUGUCUAAGAAAUACAAUGCCAUUAUGGGUUAUCUUGUUAGCUAAUGCCGAUUCAUUUAGGAGACGUUGAUAUAAUCAAUUGAAGAAAUUAAUUAAAUUUGAAAGACGUUUUGCUGAGACGGAGAUAGAAACAAGAGUUGUGAAGCAAUCGCAAAAUAGCCUAAAUCGAUCGAUUUUUAUGUCACUGAGGGGGCAGUGUGGUCCAUGAUCUUUUGUGUUGCUAUAGAAACAAUUACUGGGAAUAAUAUUUUUCUCAGUUAUUUCUUGUGAAUGAAAUACAUUGCCAAGAACGUCUGAAAUUAUGAAUGCGUCUGACAUAGCUGUAAAUGGAUGAUAAUUGCAGACAUAUUCAGGAAAUUUCCUGUUGUGUUUGCCAUAUGAUAUAUGGCUGUGUGCUUUAUGAGACUAUCUCGCUAUAUGGAAACUCAUUUUUUGUGAAUAGAAUAAUUUACUUGAAAGUGAUAGAUGAUAUAUGAUUUUUGUAUUUGUUAAUAUGGAUAACGGAUAACGUUAACAUGGCGACACACUGGCGUUCCCGACCUCCCGACGACGACGAUGAAGUUGUCAUGAGGCCCUACCAGGAACUGGAAGUAGACAAAUGGAGGAUUAUAUUUGAUAAGUACGACGAGAUACAGUGUGGUGAGAUCACUGUUUGGGCCCUUAAACAGCUUCUACAGGACCCUGAAUUUCGGGAGAUGGCUGAUCCGCACGUGCUGCACGUGCUGCAGAUGAAGUGUACAUGUAAUAGAUAUACCUAUGUUACAUAUCAGGAAUUUGUUAACAUUAUGAGUAAUCGACGGACUUCAAGCUUCCGAUUGGCUGUUGAGAACGAAGGCCGAGUACCGCUGGUUCCCAUAGAUCACUAUCAAUAUCCAUACAACCCAGAGCAGCAACCUGUACCAAACACACUAUUUAAGGUCAUGGUCAAACGUGUGGCGCGGGAAUAUUUGACAGACGACCUUGACCGACAGUACUAUGCAGAUAACUACACAUGUUGUCCUCCACCACUGUUUGUGCCUAUCAUUACUUUUGUUGAGGUGGGGUGUUUUCUGUACCACUCUUUGGAUAGUGGUAGAGUUACUGUCAAUGGUCCUUUACCGGUAACUAGCGUGUUCAUUUACCGACCUGACAGGCGGAUUGAAAUAUGGAGAUUUGUACUUUACAUGUUUAUACAUGCUGGUUGGGUCCAUCUGUUUUUCAACAUGCUCAUUCAAAUUAUUGUUGGUGUUCCAUUGGAGAUGGUUCACGGGUCAUGUCGCAUUGCUGUUGUUUACUUCGCCGGAGUUCUUGCAGGGUCACUUGGCACUUCAAUAUUUGAUAUGAAUGCUGUACUCGUCGGAGCUUCUGGUGGAGUUUAUGCUUUACUGGCCGGGCAUCUAGCAAAUGUCGUCCUAAAUUACACCAACAUGGAAUUAGGUAUUCUUAAACUGGCAGCAAUUUUUAUGAUAGCAAGUGCCGAUGUGGGGUUCGCAGUAUGGGAUAGAUACACAAGAAAAUCUACUGGUGCUCCCCCUGUCGGAUACACUGCUCAUAUUAUGGGGGCACUUGCUGGCCUUACCAUCGGACUGGUUGUGUUAAAAAACUUUGAACAAAAGCUUCACGAACAUUACCUAUGGUGGAUAGCUCUAGCAGCAUACCUUGGCUAUAUAGUGUUUGCAAUAUUUUGGAAUAUUUUCUAUUAUUGAAACUCAUUUUGCAGCCGAAUAGUUUGCUCAUUUACCUAAAGGUACUUUGAUAUGAUAUGUUUCAAACAGAAUUCAGUUCAUUCCAUAACUGUAAUCACUGGCAAGUAUUAAUGUCACUGAAGUAUUCUUUAUCAAAAUCCUGAUCCGGGAUUCAUUGCGUAAAUUGUUUAUUUACAAAUGGAUUCAAAAAGCCUCAUGUGGGUAUAUUGCCAACAUUUAUUCUCUGCAAGUGUUUGUCGUUGUAUUGUUUUUGUUUACGGUACGGCCGUACUAAUUCGCUUUGGUAAUCAUAAUUUGAUGUACGUAUAAAACGUUUCUUUAUAUACUUAAAUAAGUGAUAGUAUGUUCUCAUUUAUAUUUUAAUACUUUUAAUCAAACUUUGUUUCAUUAAUCAAACAGAAAUUCUAUAUUCAAACGUGACAAAUAUGAGAAAGGAGUGGCACAGGACAGUUAUCUUACUGUUAUGUCUUGAGAACAUAUAAAGAGUUGCUAUAUAUUUACACGUCAUAACUUGCUCAGCUCUUCGUAUCCAAAUGACAAGAAUGACUUUUUUUCAGUGUUUUGGUCAUAGAAUUUUGAGUUAUUCCCUCUGAAAUAACUGUUUUGUGAAACUGUAUUUGCCAGGGACUAAUUCAACAGAAUGAAUUUUUCGCCAUUUUGAAAUUGAAUAAAGUUGUUAUUAUUUAA